AAAUGACAAACCCACAGGAAUUGGCAAAAAAAAAGAAAAACAAAAUAGAAAGAAAAACAAAAUGUGAAACCCACAGAAAGAUGUAAACAAGUGGGCAAAUCAGACAUUAAGCCAAUCUCAGACUCAUGUAACCUUAAAAACUGCGAGUUUCUCUAACACAAACCAACCACCAUCCUCCACGUGUCUAGUCCCAUUCCUCCUCACUCCUAUGCCUCUCUCUCUCUCUUCACCACCUCUUGAGUCUGUUAAAGGCCGCUCCUUUAUGUUAUCCACACGACCCAUCGUUUUGGUUUUGGCUUCUCUCUGUUUCACUAUAAUACUAUUUUUAAUACAUUCUCGAGUUCACAGAUUUUGAAGCUUAAUAAAUCCACACCAAGAUCUCUCUUCUUGUAUGCUCAAAUCUCAGAGACAGCUACUUGUUUAUAUAUUCAACUCUCUCCUCCUCUCUCUUUCAUCUCUUCUCCACAAGAUAUUUCUUUACAUUAGUGGCUGAAGAAAGCUUCUCUCUUUCUUGAUCAACUCUGUUCAUCUCUCUUCUCUUUUUUUUCUCGGUGAGAAGUGAAAGUUGGAAUCUUGAUUUGGUUUUUAAGGAAAGGUAAGCUGGAAAUAUGAGUUUGGGUGCUUUGAUGGAAGAGAAGAGAAGAGCGACGACGUCUUCAUCAUCUUCUUCUUCUCAGGUACAUAUGCCUAAGGAUAUAGAUUGGCAAAUGCUUGAUAAAUCGAGGUUUUUCUUCCUCGGUGCUGGUCUUUUCUCCGGUGUAUCCACUGCUCUUUACCCUAUUGUUGUCCUCAAAACAAGGCAGCAAGUCUCUCCCACUCGUGUCUCCUGCGCCAAUAUUUCUCUGGCCAUUGCUAGAUUUGAGGGUCUAAGGGGUUUUUACAAAGGGUUUGGAACUUCUUUACUUGGAACCAUCCCGGCUCGUGCUCUCUAUAUGACAGCUCUAGAGAUUACGAAGAGUAGUGUAGGUCAAGCAACUGUUAGGUUAGGAUUGUCGGAUACUACGGCUUUGGCUGUUUCCAACGGUGCGGCUGGUUUGACCUCGGCCGUGGCUGCUCAGAUUGUCUGGACCCCGAUUGAUGUCGUGAGUCAACGGCUUAUGGUUCAAGGUGAUCUGUCCUUGAAUAAGCAUCUUCCUGGAGUGAUGAACUCUUGCAGAUACACAAAUGGGUUAGAUGCUUUUAGAAAGAUUCUCUACACUGAUGGGCCAAGAGGGUUCUACAGAGGAUUUGGGAUCUCGAUCUUGACUUACGCACCUUCAAACGCUGUAUGGUGGGCGUCCUAUUCUUUGGCUCAGAAAUCAAUUUGGUCUCGAUUCAAGCAUUCCUACACUCGCAAGGAAGAUACUGGUGGCUCAAUGGUGGUUCAAGCAUUGAGUGCAGCCACAGCAAGUGGUUGCUCUGCUUUAGUAACCAUGCCAGUCGAUACAAUCAAGACGCGGUUGCAGGUCUUAGACGCAGAAGAGAAUGGAAGGCGACGAGCAAUGACAGUAAUGCAGUCGGUGAAAAGCUUGAUGAGGGAAGGAGGACUUGGGGCUUGUUACCGAGGGUUAGGACCAAGGUGGGUCUCAAUGUCGAUGUCUGCAACAACGAUGAUCACAACCUACGAGUUCUUGAAGCGCCUGGCAACAAAGAAGCAGACAUGAUGUAUGAUAUAAAUCAUUCAUAGUCACAGUUUCUUCAUUUAGAAAUGAAAAAACGAAAUGACAAAACACCUAA